AUGACGCACCUUCAUCCGGAGAGAGAUAUACUUAAGCGAAAGCUCGAGCCUGAAAAGGGUACACUCGAGGCCGCAACUAAACGUCAUCAUGGGCGGCUCCCUCCUUGCGGUAAUUCUGUUCGCUCUGUCAAUGAUUACCGCAGGCAAGCCGCGACAUCGCAGAGGUGGCCGACUAAGUCACCAAAUCACCCUCCGAUAACCUUCUCGCCUAAUGACACCGCUGGGAUUCAUAUCCCCCAUAAUGACCCCCUUCUUGUCGUCCUAGGGAUUGGGGAGUACGAUGUCACAAAAGUACUCAUCGACACAGGAAGCUCCGUCGACCUUAUUUUUCGAGGAACACUCCAAAAGAUGGGCAUCGACCUCAACGAUAUCAAGGCAUCAUCCGCGACAUUAACUGGAUUCAACGACUCUUCUGAAACAAUACUAGGAACGAUCCAUCUCCCAGUACGUGCCAGCGGAGUUACUCGAACGGUUAAAUUUGUUGUCGUCAGCACGAAGGCGCCUUAUCAUGCGAUCCUUGGGACCCCAUGGAUACACUCGAUGCAGGCAGUCCCAUCCACCUAUCACCAGUGCAUCAAGUUCCCGGGAACAGACGGCACAAUUAAAACAUUAGGAGGAGAUCAGCAGGCCGCACGAGACCUACUGAUCGCGACUGUUAAGCUCCAACGUUCUUCUCUGCCCGUCAACUCUGUCUCUCCCCCGAUCGCUAAAGUCUGUCCUCAGAAGGAAGAAGUUCUCGAGUUACCCAUCGACUUUACAGACCCAAGCAGGACCGCACGUGUCGGCGCAUAUCUAUCUGACAAUAUGCAACAGUCGAUUCUCAACUUCCUCAAGGAGAACGUAUCUACGUUCGCGUGGUCCAUGUCGGAUAUGAAGGAUAUCGAUCCAGCAAUAGUGACGCAUGAGCUUAACGUUGACCCAACCUUCAAGCUCAUCCGACAAAAGAGACGUAAGCUAGGCCCUGAUAGGUCGAAGGCUGUAAACGAAGAAGUUGAGCGGUUACUCGGUGCCGACUCAAUCACUGAGGUACGCUACCCUGAAUGGUUAGCAAAUCAAGUGGUGGUCAAGAAGAAGAAUAGGAAGUGGCACAUCUGCGUCGACUUCACUGACCUAAAUAAAGCUUGUCCGAAGGACAGCUACCCUCUUCCCAAUAUCGACCGCCUAGUCAAAUCCACAGUCGGAAACAAGAUGCUCACGUUCAUGGACGCAUUCUCCGGAUACAACCAGAUCAUGAUGCAUCCUGACGAUUGCGAGAAAACAGCAUUUAUCACAGAUAGGAGAACCUACUGUUACAAAGUCAUGCCAUUCUGCCUGAUGAACGCGGGAGCGACUUAG